UUUGUCCGCAGUGGAGCGGACAUGAUUGCAGCAGGGCCAAUCAUAUCUGACGAGGAGCCCCAGGUGGGCGGGUCUUUGUGGUAGGCGCUGUCGACAAUAUGGCGGAUGACGGAGACAGGUCGAAUGGAGCUGUUGAUACUAGUGGCGGACCGGGGACUUCAGAGGAGUCUGACGGGUACAGUCUUGGCGGGAUGUUGUUAAAUUUAAGUAUUUUAGUUGUAGUGGUUACGAUCUGCUAUGUUAUUUAUCGGCGAUGGGGUAAACGGAUUGGUGCUGACGCCGCCCAGGGAAGCGAGGCCUCGUCUCUGCCGAAGAUGAGAAGACGUGAUUUCACUUUGGAGCAACUUGGGGAAUACGAUGGACUGCAAAACCCCCGGAUCAUGAUGGCAGUCAAUAUGAAAGUAUUCGAUGUUACCACCGGCAAAACGUUUUAUGGCCGAGACGGUCCUUAUGGUAUCUUUGCGGGCCGGGAUGCAUCGAGGGGUCUGGCAACGUUCUGUUUGGAGAAAGAUGCCUUGAGGGAGGACUAUGAUGACCUGUCAGACCUCAACGCUGUUCAGAUGGAGUCAGUCAGAGAGUGGGAGAGGCAGUUCAUGGAAAAAUAUGAUUAUGUUGGUCGACUGUUAAAGCCCGGGGAUGAGCCGUCAGAAUACACAGAUGAGGAGGACAUCAAGGACCACCUGAAACAUGACUGAACUGUUGCCCUAUUCUGUUCACACCACCAACCAAAGCCUUGACCCAAACAGCUGACAGCACCUGUCCCCCCCCACACCCUUCCUCUUCCCUCUCAAGACCCCCCUCCUCCUCUUCUUCCCUCUCGAGCCCCCCCCUUCUUCUUCUUCCCUCUUGAGCCCCCCCCUUCUUCUUC